AUGGUAAGACUCGGAUCUCUUCUUCCCGCCGUCCUGUUGGCUUGUGGACUCGUUGCUGCCGAGCCUAUCCCAAAGACUGACUACGACGUCAUCAUUGUUGGCGGAGGCCCUGCUGGCUUGAGCGCCUUGAGUGGUGUCUCUCGCGUGCGUCGCAAGGCUUUGCUGUUCGAUAACCACCACUACCGCAAUGCCGUUACUCGGGAGAUGCACGAUGUCAUUGGAAACGAUGGCACCGUCCCUUCCGUUUUCCGCGCCGAGGCGCGCAAGCAGAUUGAGCGUUACCCUACAGCUCACUUCUCUAACUCAACGGUGACGAACAUUACCUCCGUUGGAGACGAGGACUUCACCAUCUUCAAUGUCACCGACCACACCGGCAAGCACUACUCUGCUCGCAAGAUCGUUCUCGCCACCGGUCUGCGCGAUGUGCUGCCCAGCACUCCCGGUAUCGCUGCUGCUUGGGGCAAGGGACUCUUCUGGUGCCCCUGGUGCGACGGUUACGAGCACCGUGACCAGCCUUUCGGCAUCAUCUCCAACAUUGCCGACGUCCUCGGCAGCGUGCUGGAGACCAACACCCAAUUCUCCGACAUCAUCGCGUUCGUGAAUGGCACCUACACUCCCGCCGGCGAAGCCGCCGCCCAGAGUCAGCACGAUAAGUGGCUGGAGCAGCUGAACGCCUGGAACGUGACGAUUGAGAAUCGCACCAUUAGCUCUCUCGAGCGCAUUCAGGACGGUGGUGUGCACCGCAACAAGACCAUCGAUGAGCAGUACGACAAGUUCCUCGUGCACUUCACCGAGGGCGAGCCUAUUGAGCGCAACGCAUUCAUCAUCAACGCUCCUACUGUGCAGUACUCCCAACUCCCCGCUCAGAUGGGCCUGAAUAUCACCAACAACAAGAUCGAUGUUGUCACCAGCAGCAUGCGGACUAGCCAGGCUGGCGUGUGGGCCAUCGGCGAUGCGAACAGCGACGGCUCGACCAAUGUUCCUCACGCUAUGUUCAGCGGCAAGAAGGCUUCUGUGUACUUGCACGUCGAGCUUUCGCGAGAGGACCCCGCGUCGAAGAUUUCCAAGCGUUCUGGCCUGUCGGAAGAGGAGCUUGUUGAGGAGGCUAGCAAUGCUAUUGGGUCUGGCUUAGACCGCCACUAUAAGAAGAUCAUGGGCCGCCAUUAA